CGCCGCAGUCGGCGUUCGACGCCCCAGCGAGCGAACACAUCGCGAAUUCACGUUCGUGCGCUCCGCGAUCGACAAAGCCGAUUAAAAAGGUUAUUUAAAAAUGCUGGCCGAGUUUAAUGAACUACAGCUAAAAUAAAAAAUAGGAUGGCCUUUUUUAAUCUAUGCAUUAGACAUCAAAGUCUGUCUUAUCUGUGAAGUGUUUGUUAUAUUGUGCAUUUUGUGUAAUAUUUGUUAUUCAAUAAUGGCGGAUAUUGAAUGGACUAACGAUUUAAUUAUAAGAUUAAUUACUGAGUACAAAAAGAAACCGGAACUUUGGGACAGUCAUCACGAAUUACACCGAGUGAACACAGCUAAAUAUGAAGCUUGGUCGGACCUGGCGAAUAUCUUUGAAUGCGAUAUCGCCGACUUGAGAAAGAAAAUGAAUUCUAUAUUCGCUUCGCAUCGACGUGAGAAGGCGAAAGUGCGUUGUGGGGGACGGUCGACUUGGUUCCUUUAUUCGCAUAUGAAUUUCUUACCAACACAUAUAGAAAAUGUCGAAAGAAGUCCAGCGAGUGAACGAGAGAGACGCAUCUUGAAAAUACCUGUAGAGGAAAUAGGAGAAUAUUCCAACAACGACAACACAGAUAUUGAAGAUAAUUACGAACCAGAAACACAAGAUGAUAUUGUCAUCAAGUCUGAGCCAAUGGUAGGAUAUGCAAAAGUCAAAGCAAGACAAGAAAUAAAAAACGCAGCGUCUAGAAGACCUAGACUAAAAAAAGUCAUAAAACGAAGAAUAGUCAAAGAUCACAAUGAAGAAGAAAGAAAUAGCUUAAUAGAAGCUAUAAGAUUACUUAAAAGAUCAGAUUUAUUAAAAAAGAAAGACGAGUGUGAUAGCUUUGGAGAAUAUAUCGCUGAUUCAUUAAGAAAACACGACGAGAGAACGCAAUCGAUGAUAAAACAAGCUAUAAAUAAUAUAUUAUUCGAACAAGAGAUGAAAAAAUAUAGUACGAAUUAUACAGUGGUAAUACCUGGUAUAGAUGAAAACCCUCUUAUUUUAACGGAAGAGAACGGUGUGAAGUGAGUAGAUAGUGAAUUUCCAAUUUGGCAAAUGUUUGACACAUAUCGUGGUCUUUGUUUUUUCAUAGAGAUUACGAGGAAUGGAAAUAUGUGUCCACAAAGUAUGUUAUGACAGUUUUUUGACAUUGACAGCUUACAAGUUUUAAGGGUUACCAGUUAGUAAAAGGCUCCUAAAUUCUUCCUAAAGUCUGUGUUACAUCUUCAAACAAUUGAUUUUGCAACUUAUGACCUGAGUGCUCGUAAUUUCUUAAUAUUCAAAUAGAUACAUCCAAAUAUAUUAGUAAUUUAACUUACAUGACAUCAAGCGUAAUAUUUUUAUGGAAUUUCAAAAUUACGAAAAUGGCAACAUUAAAUUGCAGCUACCGCUCUCUUAUUGGUCAAAAUAUAAAGCUGUCAAGAUGACAUUGUUUGAAAAAACUGCCAUAAGAUGCUUGUGCAAUAUUUAAACCAAACAAAUACAGGGUUAUAAAUCAUUAACCAUUAAAAUAUUAGUUUUUGUUUAUAUGGAGACAAUUAAAUAGAUCGUUAAGAGAACAUACAUUCUCCAUAAAAUGUUUGAAAUAAACGAGAUAUAAUUUUUGUUGUAAAUCA